AUGCUCGAAUGUUGGCCGAGUCGCUUGGCGAAUCGAAUUCUGAAUGUGAUCUGUGUGCAGGAGAGGGCGCGACUGGAGGAAGAGAGGCGAUGUCGAGAGGAAGAGGAGGCGCUCGAGCGGGCACGUUCGGAGGAAGAGGAGCUUGGAACGCAGCCACCUCAUGCCGCGGAUGCAGUUGAGGAGGCUUCCAAUGUGCACCCGGAGAAGAAGGCCGAUGUCGCUGAUGCAUCGACUUUGCAGGAGGAAGGUGACGAGCGGCCGGCUAGAGCUAGAGAAGCAGAAAGAGCAGAUGAGGCGCACAAGGGCCCGGAGGACAAAGUUCCGAGCUCGGCGGCUCUGCAGGCGGCCGCUGGAAAGCUCAUGGAGAGGGUGAAAGCUGCCAGAGAGAGAAAGAAGCGGCCGGAAGAGUCCACCGAGGAAGCGGAGCUGUGCACAGAGGAAGAGGAGCGAGAGGCACGCUUGGAGAAGAAGGAGCAGAGAGAGGAGGCGUCGGAGGCAGAGGACAUGCGCAGACAAGAGGAGCAAGCAAGGGCUGAGGAGGAAAGCUUACGAUUAGAAGAAGAAAAGCACCGGCAAGAGGAGAGGGCACGGCUAGAAGAAGAGAGGCGCCGGCAAGAGGAAGAGGAGGCGCUCCAGAGAGCCCGUGCGGAGGCAGAGGAGAACGCACGCCUGGAGGAGGAGCGGCAGCGACAGGAGGCGUCUGCAGAGACGCGCAGACAAGAGGAGCAAGCCAAGGCACAGGAGGAGGAGGAGCAGGAGCGGGGGCGAUUAGAGGAACAGAGGCAGCGACGGGAGGAAGAUGAGGCGCUGGAGAGGGCCCGUGCUCAAAAAGAGGAAGAAAGGAAACGACAAGAGGAGGAGGAAGCUUUGAGGAAGGCACACGCAGAGGAGGCAGCGGAGAAGAUGCACAGACAAGAGGUGGCUCUUGCGAAAGCCCGUGCAGAGCAAGAGGCUCUGCGGCAGGAGGAGGAAGCUCUGGAGAAGGCUUGGGCAAAGGAGGCAGAGAUGCGCAAAGAAGAGGCGCAAGAGGCAUUGGAGAACGCGCAGGCCGAAGAGGCCGAGAAUGCCCGAAUCGAAGCAGAGGAAAUUGACAAAUUCCUCUCCAAGCUGAGUCUGGCUCCAGUGGCUGUGCACGGCGUGGACACGGCAAAGCCCGUGGAGAGCGCAGGCUUGGAGGAGGAGAGGCAGGGACAGGAGGCGCUCGAGAGUGCCCGUGCAGAGGAAGAGGCAGCAGAGGUGUGCAGACAGGAGGAGCAAGCCGCACAGGAGAAAGCACGGCUAGAAGAAGAGAGGCACCGGCAAGAGGAAGAGGAGGCGCUCCAGAGAGCCCGUGCGGAGGCAGAGGAGAACGCACGCCUGGAGGAGGAGCGGCAGCGACAGGAGGCGGAAGCGGAGAUGCGCAGACAAGAGGAGCAAGCCACGGCAGAGCAGGAGGAGAGGGUGCGACUAGAGGAAGAGAGGCGGCGACAGGAGGAAGAGGAGGCCCUCGAGAGAGCGCGUGUUGAGAAAGAGGAGCAAGCCAAGGCUGAGCAGGAGAAAGCACGGCUAGAAGAAGAGAAGCGCCGGCAAGAGGAAGAGGAGGCGCUCCAGAGAGCCCGUGCGGAGGCAGAGGAGAACGCACGCCUGGAGGAGGAGCGGCAGCGACAGGAGGCGGAAGCGGAGAUGCGCAGACAAGAGGAGAAAGCCAAGGCAGAGGAGGAGGAGAGGGCGCGACUAGAGGAAGACAGGCGGAGACGGGAGGAAGAGGAGGCCCUCGAGAGAGCGCGUGUUGAGAAAGAGGAGCAAGCUAAGGCUGAGCAGGAGAAAGCACGGCUAGAAGAAGAGAAGCGCCGGCAAGAGGAAGAGGAGGCGCUCCAGAGAGCCCGUGCGGAGGCAGAGGAGAACGCACGCCUGGAGGAGGAGGAGCGGCAGCGACAGGAGGCGGAAGCUGAGAUGCGCAGACAAGAGGAGAAAGCACGGCUAGAAGAAGAGAAGCGCCGGCAAGAGGAAGAGGCGCAUCGCACAGAGGAGAACGCACGCCUGGAGGAGGAGCGGCAGCGACAGGAGGCCGCGGAGGAGAUGCGCAGACAAGAGGAGCUGGCGCGAUUGCAGGAAGACAAGUCACGCCGGGAGGAAGAGGAGGUUCUUGCGACUGCGAUUGCAGAGCAAGAGGAGAGCGCUCGCUUGGAGGAGGAGAGGCAGAGACAGGAGGCAGCAGAGGUUCGCAGACAGGAGGAGCAAGCCAAGGCUGAGCAGGAGAAAGCACGGCUAGAAGAAGAGAGGCGCCGGCAAGAGGAAGAGGAGGCGCUCCGGAGAGCCCGUGCGGAGGAAGAGGAGAACGCACGCCUGGAGGAGGAGCGGCGGCGACAGGAGGCGGCAGCGGACAUGCGGAGACAAGAGGAGCAAGCUAAGGCAGAGGAGGAGGAGCGGGCGCGAUUUGAGGAAGAGAGGCGGCGACGAGAGGAAGAUGAGGCGCUCGAGAGGGCCCGCGCCGAGAAAGAGGAAGAAAGGAAGCGACAAGAGGAGGAGGAAGCUUUGAGGAAGGCCCGCGCAGAGGAGGCCGCGGAGGAGAUGCGCAGACAAGAGGAGCUGGCGCGAUUGCAGGAAGAAAAGCCGCGCCGGGAGGAAGAGGAGGCUCUUGCGACUGCGAUUGCAGAGCUAGAGGCAGCAGAGGUGCGCAGGCGAGAGGAGAGGACCCGAUUAGAAGAACAAAGGCGACACCAAGAGGCGCUCCAUAUGCAGCAGGAGGAGGAAGCGCUCGAGCGGGCUCGGGCAGAGGAACAGAUGCAAGCAGCAGAGGAAGGGCGGAAACGAGAGGAAGAGGCACUCGAGAGGGCCCGCACCGAGGAAGAGGCAGAGGAGAUGCGCAGACAAGAGGAGCAAGCCAAGGCUGCAGAGGAGAAGGCACGACUGGAAGCAGAAAGGCAGCGGAAAGAGGAAGAGGAGGCGCUCGAGAGGGCCCGCGCAGAGGAGAACGCGCGCUUCGAGGAGCGGCAGCGACACGAGGCAGCAGAGGAGCUGCGCAGACAAGAGGAAAGGGCGAAAAUAGAGGAAGAGAGGCGGCGGCGAGAGGAAAAGGAGGUGCUCGAGAGGGCCCGCGCUGAGAAGGAGGAGGAGGAAGCUUUGAGGAGGGCUCGUGCAGAGCAGGCAGCAGAGGAGAUGCGCAGACAAGAGGAAGAAUUAGCUCGUGCAAAUGCCAGUGCAGAACAAGAGGCGAGAGCACGGAUGGAGCAGGGGAGGAAGCGACGAGAGGAGGAGGAAGCUGCGGAGCAGGCGGAGAUACGCAAACGAGAGGAUCGAGUCGCGUUGGAGAACGCAAAGGCCAAAGAGGCUGGAAGCACACCCGACCGAAUCGACACAGAGGCAGGGAAGACUCGAGCCAAGAUGCCAUCACCGAGGGCCACUUCAUCCAAUGAUGUCAGUCCGCCGUCUGGCGAUCCCAAGCACCGCUUCACGAUUGAAGCAACGGGAAGCUCAUCAGAGAUUCCACUUCGUCGACAAGUGGUGCCUCCGUCGAGUCAGGCAGUUGAAGAGCUUUCUACACUUCAGCAUCGGCCAAGCUCAGUAUCAAUGACAGCAAAGGUGCAGGCCACGAGGAUUUCGAGCCCACCCCCACAGGACGCCGCGACCCCUUCGGACAAGUUUCAGAUCUUGCAAAGACAAGGGAUGCGUCAGGUAGCCUCUACCGUUUGGAUGGCCGAAACUCCCCGACAGACGCUUCCAGCAAGCGUUCGUCAGGUCAUGAGAUCAGCAUCUAGUCCAAGCACAGCUGUGGUGGCCGCCGUGGCAGCUGUAGCGAAGGUGAAGGCAGUUCAGCGGUGCAAGCCCGAUCAGUGGGUACCGGUGGUGCCGGCUGCGAGUGAGACGUGGAAUCGACGGAGCCAAAGCCCCGCUCCCACUAUUCCACGCUACGCAAGUUACAGCUACAAGCUGCCAGCAGUUCCCAGCGCUCAGCAGCUUCUGGCCAGUCCAAGGCAGAGCUUACAGAGUUCGACUGGCACCUUGGACACCCCUGGAACUGCCACUCACAGGAUGGUUUGCCAGCCAGUGGCAGCAACUCAAUCAUGGGCAGAUUUGGCGGCGAGGGCGCGUGAGUCCUGCCAACAAGCCCUUCAAGCCGUUGCCAGUCCGAGCCCCAUAACUCCGAGAACGGCAUGGAUGGACCUCUCACCGCGAAGCAAGUCUUUGUCUCGCUUUGAUGGUGCCAGCUCACCUCCGCCAAGAGCGCGUGUGGAGCAUCGGUUUGUCGCAGACCCAAUGUUGCCAGCGACUCGUACUGCUUCUCCGAUGGCACGAUCGCCAGUGUACGAUCACCGCAAUACCGUUUGGCUAGACACGAUGAGGUCACCUCGUCCGACAGCACAGGUUGCCGACCUUUGGAUUCAAGAGCCUCGGUGCAGGACGUUGGCCUCGCCCACCGUCACGCAACGCAGAGAGGCUGUUCUGUGGAGACCGCAGUCUCCUCUUGCUGCGAUGCCCACUUUGACAUCGCCCAGUGAAACCGUUUUUCCUCUCCCUGAAGGGAGCGGUUUUCGCUAUCUGCCAGGCAGCCAGCCCUGUCGUCGAUGA